GGUUUUCUUUUGUCCCUUUUGUAUAAAUAAAAAAUACUAUAUUUUUAUAUCUAAAAUCAAUUAAUGAAAAAUAAUUUUUAAUUUUUCUUAAGUAACUUGUUAUUGUUCCUCUUCAUUUUUGUUUAGAAAUCCUAUUUUAGCAAUUUUAAUCUUAGUUGAAGAAGAGUCUAUUACAAUAUCUUUAUUUUUGAAACAAAACAGUGGGUUUUCCAUUAACCUUAUAGGGAGUAUCUAAAUAAGAAGGGAUAGAAAAGUAAUAUCCACGUCACAAAAUGUGAAAUGUCUUUUAAGUAUAAAAUCCCGGUAAGCUCUAACCCUCCCGUUCACGACGGCGCUAUCUCGAAGUUAAAAUGGAAGAAGAAGAAGAAGAGGAAAUAAAUCCUUUCACAAGCCUCCUAACCGACGACGAUGAUAAACCCAUUGCAUUCACUACCAUACAAGACGAUUUACCAAAGCAAGAAUUGCUUCAAAAACAUUUCCUCCGUUCGAUUCAAUCAACGGUUAUAAUUCGUCAGCUCCCAUCGGAGGGUAUCUCCUUCCAGCUCUGGCCCACCGCCACCUCUCUUGUCUCCCUCCUCGACAACCACCGCAUAAAUCCUACAAACAGCCCUCUCUCCACCGCCCUCGCAGCAAGCAACACUCCUCUGAGGAUCCUGGAACUUGGCUCCGGCACCGGAAUAGUCGGUAUAGUCGCCGCCGCCACUCUCGGCAGCAACGUAACCCUAACAGAUCUCCCUCAUGUAGUUCCCAAUCUUAAGUUCAACGCGGAAGCCAACGCGGGUGUUGUGGGGUCCAGCGGCGGGACAGUUACAUUUGCACCGCUGAGGUGGGGCCACGCUGAUGACGUGGAGAUGAUUGGGAGAGAGUUUGAUGUUAUCGUAGCUUCGGAUGUAGUGUAUCAUGAUCAUCUCUAUGAGCCGUUGAUUGAAACGCUGCGUUUGUUGUUGAUUGGGAAGAAAAUUGUGUUUUUGAUGGCUCAUACGAAGAGGUGGAAAAAAGAGUCGGUUUUCUUCAAUAAAGCGAGGAAGCACUUUUUCAUUGAUGUUUUGCAUGUUGACACUCCUUGCAAUGGUUCUAGAGUUGGUGUUGUUGUUUAUCGUUUUGUUGGGAAGAGUUAGGUUUCAAAUUUCCACCUCUUAAGUUAAUUUUUGACUAAAAAUAAAUUUACAUUUGUUUGGUUGUUA